GUGCAGUGUGAUGGCCAGGUCAUACAGGUGCUGUGGGAGAGGUUUGGCUCUGGGAAGCUGCACCUGCCUUUCCAUGGCUUUGUGGCCUGUGUCACCAAGCUGUGCAAGCUAUUCGGUAUUUCAACACACACACACUUAGGUGAGUUAUGUUUUGUUGCAGGUUAUGAUAUUCAGCCUUAAUAUUGUGCGUUUGUGUCCCUUCUCCCCAGCCCUGUAUAAAUCAGAGAGCAACCCAGAGGUCAAAGACGGAGAAAUCCAUGCUGUGAGUCCUCCUUUACCAUAAAAUCAACCAAAGCCCUGGCCCUACCCCUAACUUCAUGUCCACAUCCUGGUUCAACCCUAACCCUAGCCUAAACCAUAACCCUAAUCCCAAACCUAGCUUUAUGUCCACAUCCUGGUUCAACCCUUACCCUAGCCAUAACCCUAUAUCUUGAUGUAACAUGACACUAAACAUGAACCAUAACCUGACCCUGUCCUGUGACAGACCAUAUCCUCAAGCAUAAUUCAUACCCUGACCCCACCUUUAAUACAGGCUUAUACCCUUACUAAUGCCCUCCAACCCUGAAUGGUUGCUCCUUUCUUUGCAGUUUUUUUUUUACAGUGGCUGAUUCGACACCUGACCGUGUGAGUGUGCUCUAUAAACGGCUUUCAGCAUUGGCAGUGCAGGGGCAUUCUGUCUGACCAGUACCAUGUGACGACGUCAUGCCUCUGUCGGCGCCCUCGUCCACACACACGCACGAACGUGCGCACACACAAACAACUCCUGGCCUUUGUCACCAUAUGAUGCCCCGCUCCUAUAGGCUCUUUCACAUUAACAGUGUCAGAAAAACAGCCUCAAAGCAGUAUGUGAUGACUGUCAAACAGCACAUUAUAUUAUACUAUGAUGUACAGCGCUGUCAUUCUCUACUGCCAUAUUGUGUUAUAGUGCUUUACAUGAAUUUACAUGGAUAGGACCUGUGGAGUUAGUCGCUUCUAAUUGUAUUCGAUGUGAACACAAUGUAAAUUUACAGACUGUACAAAACAUUAAGAACAUCCUACUACCAUACCCCGUUCAAAGGCACUUCAAUCUUUUGUCUUGCCCAAUCAACCUCUAAAUGGCACAUAUUAUACAAUCCAUGUCUCAAUUGUGUCAAGGCUUAAAGAUCCUUCUUUAACCUGUCUCCUCCCCUUCAUCUACACUGAUUGAAGUGGAUUUAACAAGUGACAUCAAUAAGGGAUCAUAGCUUUCAUCUGGUCAGUCUGUCAUGGAAAGAGCAGGUGUUCUUAAUGUUUUGUGCACUCAGGGUAUAUGAGCUAUUUCAGCUAAGUAUUUUCAGUAUUUCUGUUAUAUAUUUUCAUUAUUACAGCCAAGUAUUUAUUUUCCCUCUUUCAUUGUUUGACUUUUUAAUAGUGAAAAUGUAGUUAAACUGUUAAAUUAUAAUAAAAAUGCAAUAAUGAAAUGUAUCCAAAAAUAAAAAUCUGCUUUGAUAAUGUACAAUUAUUUAUGUAUUUAUAAAUACAGCCCAACCUCUCACACACGGUGAGUACAGCCUGCCCUGGUGAGGGAGUGAAGGUGAUGUCUCAGCCGCGCUGCACGCACCGUCUCUAUUCUUAUCAUACUGACGCCACGUACAGCAUCAACACGCACUCACCGCCUCCUCCGCUACGUUCCCUUGCUCCCUCCCUCCUUUGCUCCAUCCCUCCCUCCCUCUCUCUCUAGUAACUGUCUCACAAUCUGCCUCCUUUUCCCUCUGUGCUCUCAAUGUGACACAAACAAACAUGUACAGUAUGCUCUUGUCCUUUCUCCUGAUGCUCCUAUAAAUAGAAGCUUUGCUCAGACACAGCUUCCUGUUCAUCUUUUGACUACACACAGGUUGCCAGGUUGCCCGUGGCAACAGUCCAUCCACCUAGGACAAAAAGGGGGGGUAGUAGACAGAUGUGUAUGUCUCUCUCUCUCUGUCUCUGUCUCUGUCUCUGUCUCUGUCUCUGUCUCUGUGUUAGUGUGACAGCAGUGGUCUGGCCCAGGCUUGA